CUCUUCGUCUGCUUGUCUCCUCAAAAUAUUUUCUCUCUACCUUUUACCCCAACAACACAUAUCCCAUCUUCAAUUUUUCUAGAACUAUUACAUCAACAUCAAAUUACUCCAAGCCACACUAUAGUCUAUCAAACCAAAACCCAAACUCCAUCGCAAAGAUGCCCAUGACAUGGAACGAGGCGGCAGAUGCUAAGCUACUUACAGCCAUCUUGCAGACCAUCAACACCAAGCUCGACUAUCCCCGUAUCGCCCAGCUCAUGGGUCCCGAAUGUACUAUCUACGCUAUCCAGCACCGCCUCCGAAACCUGAGGGAGCGCGCCAGGCCCGGACCCACCGCCGCAGACGGCCCUCCCGCCCUUCCCUCGACCCCUACCAGGGAUUCCACCGGCGGCGUUGAUCCUGCCUCCGCUCACGGCACCCCCGCAUCUGGGCCGAGGAAGCGAGGAAGACCUCCCAAGGUGAAGGUGGAAGCCGAUGGUAGCGCUGAGGCGGCGCCGGUGACUCCGAAGAAGAGAGGCCGCGCUAAGAAGGUCAAGGCUGAAGAGAUGGAAGAGGAGGCUCCGCAUGCAACGACCGACACGACUGAUGGAUCUCAGCCUGUGUAUCAGAGUAUUGAGGAUGCUUACAUGCAGGAGGCGAUCUGAUUCGCUUUCCUAGAUCUCGGGUCUGAUCUUUUUGUGAUGUACUUAAUCUGGCUCUUGAGCUGCAACUUUAUUGUGGGGAUGGCGAAGCUGGGUUGUGCUUCGGAAUGUCGAAGAUAUGAGAUGGGAUUUAUUGCAGUUCUAGGUUGGGGGGUUCUAGUUCUACGUGGGAUAGGCACUGGUGGAAUCUCGAUGAUCAAGCUGUAAUUGCAGUUCUUGUAUCUCAUUCUUGUGAAAGUGGCAUCAUUGCUAGAAAAUGCAGUACU